GAGGAGCCCCUUGGCUGCAUGUGUGUUACUCCAUCCCCAAGUCCUGUCAGAGCAAGGGACAAAUAGUGGUUCAUCUGCCUCCCACGUGUCAUCCCUCACUGCAAAUCCUACCCGGAGAUAAUUGCCAUCCUUCUGAGCAGGCACGCCAAUGGAGGGACCAGCCGGCUGCGGGGCCGACGUGACAGCUCGGGGCUCUUUGAAGAUGCUGAGAGAGUUGCUAAAUAUGUAAAUCUCAGCACACUGCUGUGGCUCUCGUUUAAUGGAGUUUUUGACCCUCUGCAGCUGUAUGGGAGCGGGGACAGACACAGACCCAGCUAAACCCACCAAAUGCAGCAUCCCUACUUGGCUAUUCCAGCCACGGGCCAGCCCCUGCUCUGCUGGCCUCAGUUUAAUGGCUGGGAAUUGCUCUGAAAUGCCAUUUCUGAAGAGCAGAAAGCUGCUGGGUCAUAUUUCUGUCUCAAUUCAAUGAAAAAAAAAACUUAAAAGAGGGAGUUAAGAAUGUAGCCCCAGGUCACUUUGCCCAUGGCUGGAAACUAAAGCAUGUCCUGAGCUCCCCUGGAAAUGUCCUGGGUGCAGUGAAGCCAGUGCUGCGUCCUGCUCCGCGCUUCUUUCUGGGCUGCAUCUGACUCAUGAUGAUAACGAUAAAGUCAACAUUUAAAAAUUCUUAUUUUUGCUGACCUUCCCAGUCAUUUCCUUUCUAGCAGCUCAUGUCUGGGAUAAUCCCCCUUUUAUCACACGUCCUGAUGGGAACAAACAUUGUCGCUUUGCCCGUGCAGUUUCCUAUGUAAUAGCUCUCAGGGACCAAGAGCUGUGCAGGAGGAGACACUUGGUCUCUGCAGUAAGGUCCUUAGAGCACAAACCUUAGGUCUGGCCCCCAUCCUACAAGAAGCCAGCUGAUUCUCCCGAGAAACUCCCCACCACUCAAGCCCAAGGGACGGUCACGCUUGGCAUGGCCAGCACAUCCUUGGCACAAAGAAAACUCAUCCACUCUCAGCAGGGAUGCUCCAGCUUCUUACAGGCUCCCAAUGCCAUCUGAGAGGUCUGUAUCAGGCAUAAUGUAUCGCUUUUUGUCCCUAGCCAAGCCCUCUGCUCUCCCUGCCUGGCUUGCAGAGCCGAGCAAUCAGCUAAAUGUUUUAUCCCUCUGCAGGCAGUCAUGCCAGAGGAAAAAAAAAACAAGCCUGAUGGGAUCCUUUUGCUGGGCUGUCACCUUAAAGCCUCUCACCUCUCCCUGUCUUUCAUCAGGGUUAUAAACUCCUUAGGAUGUCAUCACGUGCCCCAUAAAUAACAAAUAUAUAUAAGCGGCGGCUGCGGAGGGUGCAGCAGACAGAGGAGGAGAGGGAAAACCCCAGGGCUCCUCUCCUGGCAGCUGCUGGACGGCACCACCGGGGCCAGGCGGGCAGAGCAGCAGCGUGGGGUCCCCGUCCGGUAUUUUCAGCAGCUAAGAGCGCUGGAGGAGAUUGGCUGAAAUAAAGGGUUUUGUGACACCGUGAGCUGGUAGAGGCUGUGGAGCAGAGGCAGAGGUGGGACGCCAGGCAAGAGGAGGGGGAUGUCGGCUCUCAGCGCGUUGCCUUUCCUGAAGCCCCCUCACCUGAGGUCCCCCCGCAGCUCGCCCGGGGGCCAGCGCCGCCACACGCUGCCCGCCAGCGAGUUCCGCUGCCUCAGCCCCGAGGAUGCCAUCAGCGUGUUCGAGAUCGAGCGGGAAGCCUUCAUAUCCGUCUCUGGGGACUGUCCUCUCCACCUCGACGAGAUCCGCCACUUUCUGAAUCUGUGCCCAGAGCUCUCCCUUGGCUGGUUUGAGGAGGGGAGGCUGGUUGCGUUCAUCAUCGGCUCCCUCUGGGACCAGGACAGGCUCAGCCAGGAGGCGCUGACCCUGCACAAGCCGCAAGGCACAGCAGUUCACAUCCACGUGCUGGCCGUGCACCGCACCUUCCGCCAGCAGGGCAAGGGCUCCAUCCUGAUGUGGCGGUACCUGCAGUACCUGCGCUGCCUGCCCUUUGCCCGCCGUGCCCUCCUCAUGUGCGAAGAUUUCCUCGUGCCCUUCUACCAAAAGUGUGGUUUCAAGGCACUGGGUCCCUGUGAGGUGACGGUGGGGGAGCUGGCGUUCAUCGAGAUGCAGCAUUCUGUGCGGGGACAUGCCUUCAUGCGCAGGAACAGCGGCUGCUGAGCACCCUCCGGUCCAACCAUGGUUGGAGGGCCUGGAGAGAAGCUGGGGGUGGGGGAUAAGAGGCUACGACCCCUCUACAUCCCCACCACAGUGUACAUCUUCCUCCCACUGCCACAUCUGCCUUCCAGUCAGAUCAGACCUGUCCCAUCCAUUUUGAUUACACUUUUGGGACUGAAAUCCCCAGCCUGGCCCCACUGGGAGCGCCAACCCCCCAGCCUGGUCUCCAGUUUAGCUGGAACAGUAUCAGCAAGGCUAGGGGGGCUGCAGGGCUAUGUGACCAUGUUUUGCUGAGACCCCCAGCAAAGCCCAUACAUCACAUACCUCCAGCCCUGAGUCCCCGCUACGAGUGGAGCCGCCCUGGCCAAGCCCUCCCUGAGCAGUCCCCAGACAAAACAGGGGUCCAGACCCCAGAGUGCACCCCCAGCUGCACCUUCCAGAGCCUCCCUGGGGGGCCAGUCCAAACCAUUUGCCCCCCCAAACUCACAACUGCCCCGGGACAAGCCUUCUGCAAACACCUCGCAGCAAAUAAAGAUGUGACGGUGGUUUUCUUCACAGCUUGUGUGCGUUCCUGCCCCACUCUGACCAUUGCCUUGCCACAACAGCCAGAGUGGGGGCACCACCCAACAUCCCUUGGGGCAUCUGAACUUUUGGGGAGAUGGGGCUAAUCCAGCCCUGGGUCAUCCAAUGGAGGGUGGGACACAGUUGGGGGGAU